AUGGCUUACUAUCGCUGUGGGCCCACAGCCAUCGGCAGCAGGGCGUCUUGGUCGGUGACGUCACCGGCCGAACCCAAGAUCGAGCGGCCGUUGAGCGGGAACUUCGACAGAAUAUUUAACGCCUUCGAGAGGACCAACGCGUUUGAAUACGUGCGGAGUACGUUCGAGGGGAGGGAAGAGGAACGGCAUGUUGGUCACAGUGACAUAGUGGUGAACCGCAAGAUGAGCAGCAGUUUCGAGAGGGCGGACUGCGCCCUGGCGGCACAGACGCCUUGCUCUGAAGACGAGGACUUCUACCGGGAGAAGAUACUGUACUCGCAGGCGAGACAGUUGUUCCCGCUUCAGGAGGAUCUGGCUGAUUGGAUAAAUAAGACCAUUGGCACAACGUAUCUGACGGGAGAGAAUUUUCUGGACGUUCUGGACAAUGGCGCGGAGCUGUGCCAGUUGGCGGCUGUCAUUCACGAUCGAGCCAGAGAGGCACUCGACCAGGGACUUAUUGUUGGGCCGGUGCCGCAGAUCCACGGGCGGUGCUGGCAACGUGCGGCACGAAGAAGCUUUUUCUCGCGGGACAACACCGAAAACUUCCUGACAUUCUGCCGGGAGCUCGGCGUGCACGAGAACCUGCUAUUUGAAAGCGACGACCUAGUUCUCCACAACCAGCCUCGUCAGGUGAUCCUUUGCCUUCUGGAAGUAGCACGUCUCGCCACCAAGUUCAAUGUGGAGCCUCCAGGACUCGUGCAGCUCGAAAAGGAGAUCGCUAUGGAGGAGCGUGACUCGGGACUCGACUCUGCGAUGUCCGGCGCCGCGUGGCAGUUCAGAGACGUGUCACCGGCUCCUGAUAAUGAUAAAUCUACAACACAACCCUCACCAUUAUCUCCGGAACCCAAUGAUCCACAACUAGUUCCCGACAACACAGAUGCAGAAAGUACAAAAUCCGAGGGUACGGUGAGCAGCACAGAUUCUGAUGUUCCGCUCAAACCUACCAACGAGUUGGAUAAGAGAGUGCAGCUGGUGACACGGCUGAUGGAGCGUGGCUGCAGUUGCACUUCCGAGCGCUGCUCGCGGCUGCUAAAGGUGAAGAAGGUGGGCGAGGGCCGCUACAACAUCGCCGGCAGGAAUGUCUUCAUCAGGCUGUUAAAGGGUCGGCACAUGAUGGUGCGCGUGGGCGGCGGCUGGGACACGCUGGAGCACUUCCUGUCGCGCCACGAACCGUGCCAGGUGCGCCUCGUGACGCAGGGCCGUCGCAACAUCCUGCCAAUCGCCACUUCGCAGUCGCCACAGCCAGAUAUGCCGCAACCAUCGCAAUCGCCACAACCACCGCUCUCCUCAGACGAGCUAGACGCCGCCAAACACUCACCAAUCCCACGCAAACCCACCAUCUCCCCCGCCAGCAGUAAAACCUCGAUUACAAGCAAAGAACUCCUCUCAGGCACUGUAUCACCCGUAGACAGUAAAGCUUCAUCUGUUAGCGGUAAAUCUUCUCCAACAGACAAAGGAAGAGCCGGCAAAAGUACUAAAACGGAGCUCGAGGUUCGAAGAACUUCCACACCUAAUAAAUCGCGAAACCUACGGUCCACUUUGACUUUGCCGCUUAAAGCGGACUCUACGGUAGAGCAGAAAUCUUCUGCGCAGCGCACUAGAAAACAAUCAGCACCUUCCAGCUUUAGCACACCCAACACGCCAACUGGUAGAUCGACACGAACGCCACCUGUAGAACUAAAAAAGUCUCUCACUUCCAACACUUUGCUUAACGCUCCAAAGAAAUCUAGAAGUAUGAGCUUGGGUGUCGUACAGAAGGAAGAGAAGAAACCAUUCUGCGGGACGGAUAGAUUGAACCAAGAUAAAAAGAACCAAAUUAGUAGAAGCAGUAGCGGCACUCCCACUAAAACUCUUGCCGCUCGAAAGACUCGUAGCCAGAGCUUGGCUUCCACUCCGAUCAAUGAGCCCAAGAAAUCCUUUAGCGGAACGAACGGGUACUCGAAGAAGACAAGAAGCAUGAGCCUAGCAACACCAGUAGACUUUAAUAAACCUCUCAUUAAAAGCGUUUCGCUGUCCACAAAUGGACCCAUGACGCAGGCAGCCAUAGAAGAAAGCAUCAGACAGUCGCUGGCCGCGUCAAUCGCUGACAAUAAUUGCCCCAAAAAACCCUUUUUACACAUUAAAGCCAAAUACAGAAGUCCACCGCCGAGGGAAGUUCCCCCGAGAUAA